AUGAAAGCAAUAAGCGUAUGUGGAGGUCUCAAAGUAUCACAGUACGUAAUAGGGUUCAUGAGAUUUAAAAACAAAACAGUUGAACAAGCAGAAGAUUUUAUACAAAAGGCAUUGGAGUGUGGUAUUAACUGUAUUGACAAUGCUGAUAUCUAUGGAGGCGGGGAGUGUGAAAAGCUUCUUGGUCGAGUUUUCGAAAAAAGACCAUCACUGCGCGAAAAAUUGGUGGUACAAACGAAGUGUGGAAUUUGUCGGGGGUUUUACGACUUGUCGAAAGAACACAUUUUGAGAAGUGUGGACACUUCGCUUGGGCGAAUGAAUAUCAUGUAUAUCGAUAUCCUUUUGUUACACCGUCCAGACGCUUUAAUGGAUUACAAAGAGGUGGCAGACGCUUUGAAGACGCUCUUUUUUAAUGGGAAAGUUCACUACUUUGGUGUGUCAAACUUUUCACCAAUUCAAAUUGAUUUACUCCAAAAAGAACUUCCGUUCAAGUUGUGGUUCAACCAAAUCCAAUUCUCAGUUGUGCAUUGUCAGUCCAUCGACGAGUCGGUCCACUUCAAUACAACACAUGAAACGUCACUUGUUCGCGAUGGAAAUGUAUUGGACUAUUGCGCUUUACAUGAUAUACAAGUCCAAGCUUGGUCGCCACUUCAAGUCGAUUUUGUCAAAGGCACUUUUAUCAACAAUCCAGAAUACAAAAAACUCAACGAAAAGUUGUGUGAAUUGUCCCAGAAAUAUGAUGUGACUCCCCAUGAAAUAGCACUUUCUUGGAUUUUACGCCACCCGUCUCACAUCCAAGUUGUCACGGGAACAACAAAUCCAGAGCACUUGGUUAAUGAGGUGAGUGCGUUCAGCUUCGAGUUAACAAGAAAGGAAUGGUAUGAACUCUACCUCUCGACAGGUAAACCUCUUCCAUAA